ACCCCAUCAUUCAUUGGUUGUCAGAAAGGGAGGAGGUACAUCCGUAUGAGGUUAUACGUUUGAUGUGUGUGGUCUUAUACCCGAGGACCGUUAUAUAAACGAUUGGCCUCGAGGUAAAGUCGUACUGUUGAGCGCAAUAAUGAGUCCAUGCAUCUUCUCGAUUUUGGUAAUUUUGUGGCCAGUACUGGCUGUGAAGAUGGCCACCUUGGAGAGCGCUCGUCUUGGACCGCAAGUGCUCCAGGCCUUGCACUGUCCCCCUUGUGAACGCAUUCAUUGCUCUCCUCGUAAAGCGCUGAAGCUCCAGUGUGGAGGUGGCAUCACCACGGGGAUUUGUGGUUGUUGCCCAGCCUGUGCAAAACUUGAAGGAGAAACCUGCGGAGGGACAUGGGACUAUCUGGGAAAAUGCAAUGAAGGUCUGGUGUGCGUUUACCAAGAGGGUGAAGAGAGCAAACCAGAAGUGGAACGCAAGGGAACCUGCAAAUCAGUGCUUGAGGUUCUCAAUAAGAAUUCUUGUCGACCCGACUGCACGUGGGAAUUCUGCCAGGCGAACCCCAAUGAGAUCUGCUCUGCAAGGUCUGUGUCAAUGGAGAAGCGUGAAUGCGGAGGUUACUGCCAGCACACGACGUGCUCCAGCUGUCUGGUUCUCAGACCACCAUCAUGUCAUCAGUCCUGUUCCCCAACAGAUCACGUCUGUCUCCAUCGCUUCGGAAGAUGUGUACGCGGUCACCUGGCUGAGGAGAAACACCCUUCAAUUUGCCACCAGAAUCUACAGAGUGAAUCUGAGGGAUUCUUUGUGUGUCUGGCACCUGCAUGUCCAAAAACAGCCGACUGACUUUGUACGUGUUGAAAAACUCAAGAUAAUGUGAUCAUUUCGUAAAAUGUAGCAUUAAAGGCAGCUGUUUGUUUUAAUAAAUUUUAAUCAUCAUUACUAAAAAAUUGUUAAACGUUUUUUAAAUAAAUGUUUGUUAUACAUGUUAUACAAUUAUACAUUUGUAAAGCUUUUGUAAAUUUUGUUUAUAAAAUACAAAGUGAUGUCUAUCUUUGAACAACUGACAUCUUUGCUCUUUCUUCAAAUAUUUUAUUAAAGAUGCAUUAGUUGUUAUCUGUAUGUUCAAAUUAUAAACUGAUGCUCAGUUUUGAGAAGAAUUAAAAAGAGGUUCAACAAUUUUUUUGUCAAGCUUUAAAUGGAUUUUGCCAACAAACAGGUAUUUCUAGAUGCGAGGCUAGGAUUAAGCAGAUUUGAAGCGAAAGUAUUUAAUGAAUGUAUAAUACCUGCUGAGAGUAUUAGAUUAAUAUCAUUAUCUAAUUGUUUAUGGAAGUGGCAUUUAGUGGCUUUUGCAUCUAAGCUCCUCAUAUAUAUAAUAACAGAUCAAAUUUUAGUCAUGCUAGAUUACUUGUGAGUUUUUGUUUUUCUGUGCAUUUUUUGUGUAUAUUUGAA